CGGAGCAUCGCUUGCAAACCACCAGAGUAAACACUGUCCCCUGUGGAUUCAUCAAGGUUUUCGUGAAGAACUUAGCGGAAGAGUUUUGCUUCUGUGCGUAAAAGAAAUAUUCGGAGACGAUGGAUUUGGUUUUUAUUGGAGAACCUGGGAAGUGCGCAUUAUUGGAAAGUGCGCAUUACUGGAAAGUGCCACUACUUCGGAAGUGAGAGGGAACUCUGUGUAUUGUAAAACUGUGAAAGAAGGCGCUGCAGGCAUGAACAACACGGCAACGGGGAGAUUUCAACCGCCCACCAUCCCCGCGAUUAUGUUCAUUUUCGGGGUGGUGGGCAAUGUCAUUGCUAUAGUGGUUCUGCGAAUAUCACGCAAGGAACAAAAGGAGACGACUUUUUACACACUUGUGUGUGGCUUGGCAGUGACAGACCUCUUGGGCACUCUGCUGGCCAGCCCUGUCACCAUCGCCACCUACGUCAAGGGCUCCUGGCCGGGAGGUGAGCCGCUGUGCCAGUACUCCGGCUUCAUCCUGCUCUUCUUCUUCUUGGUCCAGCUUAGCAUUGUGUUUGCAAUGUCAGUGGAAAGAUACUUGGCCAUAAACCAUGCCUAUUUGUACAACGAGUAUGUCAACCAAAAACUCGCUGCACUGACUUUUCUGGCUAUUUACAUUUCCAACCUCGCGUUCUGUGCGCUGCCCAGCCUGGGGCUUGGCCAGGUGAAGCUCCAGAACCCGGGGACCUGGUGUUUCAUUGACUGGCAUAACAACCACACAGCAGUCGCGACUUUUAAUUUGAUGUACGCAGGUGUGAAUUCAGUUAUGGUGUUGGCCACUGUCAUAUGCAAUGUGAUGGUGUGCGGGGCUCUCAUCCUCAUGCACAAGCGAUUCAUCCGCCGCACGUCUUUGGGCACAGACCAGCGGCGCAUCGCGGAGUUCCGACGCAGACGGAGUUUCAGAAGAUUAGCUGGAGCAGAGAUCCAGAUGGUGAUCCUGCUGAUUGCUACCUCUGCUGUGGUUCUCAUCUGCUCCAUACCUUUAGUUCUGAGGAUCUUUGUGAACCAGCUGUACAAAAACCAGAACGAAGAACCUUUGGGGUUGAACAAAGACCUCCUGGCCAUCCGCAUGGCCUCCAUCAACCCCAUCUUGGACCCCUGGAUCUACAUCCUGCUCAGAAAGACAGUGGUCCUCAAGCUGAUGGAGAAGAUUAAGUGUCUGUUCUGCAAAAUGGGUGGGCGGGGGCGAACGGGCGGAGGGCAGUUCCGCUGUGCUGACGGCCGCUUCUCCUCCUCCAUCGUCUCUCAGGAUUCCCCAUCACUGAUGUCAUAUGAGCUGCGGGAAAUGGUGAUCACAUCACAGACCUUCCUGUACCCAUCUGAGGGAAACCCCGAGAGGCUGGGGUCAUUUCAUGAAGUGUCACAGGGCGGCUCCAGUCCACCAGCUGUACAGAUGUUACAGGGCCACCAGGAGGUCAAGGGGCCUCAGAGGGGGCUUUCAUGGAGUGAUUUAGAGGACACAGCACCAGGCAGGCCACUCAAAGAGCUUCCAGUGUGCCCCAAAGACCCGGCUCUACAUGUGACCUUCACAGAUGAGACUGCAAACAUGCAGGAGAAAUGCAUAUAACAGUGAGGAUGAUCUGAACAUGCAUUCACCACUGUAAUCGGCCUGUCGCGAGACAGAAGACGUGAACAAAUGUAAGCACUGCAAAGAUGUGAUAAUAAAGGAAAAGCUUCAGAAGACUGAAUAAUCAUCUAUCAAUGUGUAGAUAUGCUGGACUAAUAAAAUGAUGUGUGACAACUAUAUUACUGAACUAAACAUCCAUUAUCAAUUCAUUACUCCUCUGUCAUAGCUUUAACCACAAACCACAUGUCAAUGCACUUCAAAAGAAGUACAACAACUGGUUUUGUUCUAUCAACAAAACCAAAGAACAAUGUGACAGUGUAGAGGAGCUCCUUUAUUGCACUUUGUGAAUUCUCAAACCACUGCUAGGCCGUUUGUUUUGUAUCAUUCUGACAACCUGCACAAUGACUGUAAAGAAUUCAUGUUAAAAUGUGAAGCGUUGCAUGAUUUUAAUUUAUUCAAAAGUAUGAAACUGUAUGUUACUGUCUUCUCUGUGAGAAGGUCCGCAUAGUUAAAUUUGUUUUGUGUUGCUUGUAUGUAGAAACAUUUGCAAACAAUUUGGUCGACAGAGCAGCUCGGGCAUCAAAGCUAAAACAUACCAUCCCCUGCAUUUUGUUAAAAAGAAAAGGCAGCUUAUACUGUGGCUUUCUCACAGUUCAGACACUGGAGGAUGUUGGGAGGCCUCCUAAAGGUGUGGGGUGGGGUGAGGCCGGAGCUGAUCCCGGAUGACAUGAGAGGUGGGGUACACCCUGGACAGGUUACCAGUCUAUCACAGGGCUGACGACCAUUCACACUCACAUUCUGUGUUAGGAUUCAUCCAACUUCAUCUUAUGUGCAGUGCCUCUCCUCUAAUCAGGCUUUCUAAAGGAUUUAAGGACGACAGGGAAAGCUGAGGAUGUUCGUUAUUUUUCUGUCUGAUAAGUUUGUGGGUUUUAAUAUAAAUAUCAAAACAUGCUCAUAUGCCAUUUUUUGUUUCCGCCAGUGUUAAAUUUACCAUAAAAUGUCAACUCUGUUGUGAACAAACAAGCUGAAAAUAAAAGUUGGUGAAUAUUGACAUAAAUUAAAAAUGUCAUGUGUU